AUGGCACCGUUUUUAUGGUUUUCGCUAUGUUUGCUGCUUUUAGACUUUCAGCUGGGCUCUGGAGACCCGGUGUUUCUCUCCGUUCAGGCAGCCAACAGUGUUCUGCAGAGACAAAAACGUGAAAAUACUGGAUUUUUUGAGGAGUUUCUACAAGGCGACUUGGAGAGAGAGUGUAUAGAAGAAAAAUGUGAUCUGGAGGAGGCCAGAGAGACCUUUGAGAAUGAUGAGAAGACGAUGGAGUUCUGGGCGGGAUAUAUAGAUGGAAAUCAGUGUACGUCAAGUCCUUGUCUGAACCAGGGGACAUGCAAGGACCUCCUUCGUUAUUACACCUGCUUUUGUCCUCCUGGCUUCAUCGGCAGGAACUGUGAGAUUGUGGUAGCAAGAAGGUGUGAUGUGAACAAUGGAGACUGUAUACACUUCUGUGAACCAACGGGGACCUUUGGAGCAAAAUGCUCCUGUGCCAUGGGAUACAAGCUGGCACAGAACGGGAUCGACUGUGACCCAGAAGAUGAAUUCCCGUGUGGCAGAACUGCCCUGACUGAGAUUGGUAAUGCCUUAAGAAGGUCCGUCUUCGCCUUUGAUGAAAGCCUGCAGAACAACGCUUCUGUGAUAACCAUCAGCACCACCACACCCUCACUUCCAACUUCAGCCAGUACCACAACAUCCAUCCCUGACACAUUUGACUCAAUGGAAAAUGAGACCGAGUGGAUGUACAAUAACACAGACUCCCCCACAGGGAAGCCUUUAAGACCUUACAGACGCAUUGUAGGUGGUGAACUGGUAACUCCAGGAGAGAUCCCAUGGCAGGUUGCUUUGAUAGCUCGUCCCAGUGGUCAGUUAUUCUGUGGGGGCUCCAUUCUCAGCAGUCUGUGGGUCAUCACAGCUGCUCACUGCCUGGUGGAGGCACAGAACUCCUUCUUCGUCAGAGUCGGGGAGAAUAACAUCUACAUCAACGAGGGCACGGAGCAGGACUAUGAAGUGUUACAACAGCAUAUACACCCACGCUAUAAUGCAAAUAUAAGCUUGUUUAACCAUGACAUUGGCCUGCUGUAUCUCAAAGACCCCAUCACCUUUUCCUCCACUGUGCGACCCAUCUGCAUAGGCCCCAGGACCUUCACUGAGGCCCUGGUGAAGGACGCAUCCCCGGCACUGGUCAGCGGCUGGGGUCGAACACGCUUCCUUGGAGCCAUGGCUAUUUCUCUGCAGAAGGUUGAGGUUCCUUUUACAGAUCGGACAACAUGCAAAGACAGCAGCAGCUCCAGGAUCACUCCCUUCAUGUUCUGUGCAGGAUACUAUGAUGAGGACAAAGACGCCUGCCAGGGGGACAGUGGAGGGCCUCAUGCAAACAGUUUUCAUGACACAUGGUUUCUGACAGGCAUUGUGAGCUGGGGGGAGGAGUGUGCACAGAAGGGGAAAUAUGGCGUCUACACCAGGCUGGCACUUUACUACAGCUGGAUACAACAUGUUAUGGGUGUAACUCAUAAACGGCUGGCGUUAGAUGUAGAAGACCCAAAUUAAAGUAUACGU